GUUUUAGUUUAAGCCAAACGAAGGCUAGAACAACAAAACGAGGGCGUUCUGGAAAACCAGGGUGGUAUGAUUCCUGUGUGUGUGACUUGUGAAGAAACCCAUCAGAGGAGGGAGAGAGAGAGAGAGAGAGAAGAUGGGAGCUGCUUCGUUCAGGUGGAUACUGCAACUACACAAGGACGUUCCAAAAGCAGCGAAGUUGUACUCAGAGGGCUUGGAUUUCAGCAUUAAUGUCUGCACUCUUCGUUGGGCUGAACUCCAAUCUGGUUCUCUCAAACUCGCCCUCUUACAUUCCCCCAGUGAACAUGCCAUGCAGAAGGGGUACUCAUCACUCUUAUCCUUUACAGUGACGGAUAUUAACAGUACGGUGACAAAGCUAAUGGCUUUGGGUGCAGAGCUGGAUGGUCCAAUCAAACAUGAGUUUCAUGGAAAGGUUGCAGCAAUCAGGUGUGUCGACGGACACAUGGUGGGCCUCUAUGAGCCCACCUGAAGGAAGUAAUUUUGCUUUUAGGGAAUCAGAUGAACGGAUUGUUGUUUUUAUGAAGAAAUUGGAAAACAACAAGAAAUAGCAUGUUUCCCUUCGCGAUUUCGCUUUCAUAAUUUAUAGGUUUUCGUUCAAACAGAUCAACCAUGGAACAGAGCUUGUUGUGAGCUGGACUUUUGGAAAAUUUGUUGCCAAUUGGAGAAAGGCGAUACCUAACUACUGAAUUCAAGGGUGUCAAAGAUGAUCAUCCGGCAAUUAUUUUUAAAUUUCUGAAUUCUCUCUAGAUUGUUUUGAUACUUGCUGCGUUAUCUUACCAUGUAAUAAAAGUUCACCUAUUGUAAUUUGUGUUUUUUUCUUUCUUUGGGAAUAAAUAUAUUGUAUAUUCAUUGACAUUAGCUGCCAUUACAAGAUUAAUAAUAUACUUCAUGUGAUGAA